CUUCAAACACACAUGACAUUUUUAAUUGGUGAAUUUUCUUUGUAUGUACUGAAUGUGUGCACUGAAUGAUUAGUUAAAUGAGAGAGAACGCGUUUGUCGACUAGAACUAAUACAAAGAAAAAUUUCGCAUUCGUAUACAGAAACGCGGUUGUUUAUUACGGAUUAAAAUAUUGUAAGCUGACCAAAUCAAAGAAAAAUUACGUGAUUACGUUUCUGUUUUAUAAAAGUGAGCAACUUUCGCUGAACCACAACAUAAAGUUUAUGUUUAAAUAGUUAAGAAAACAAAACGUUGAAAAUGAGUUAUUGGUCAAAAAUUCAAAGUUUGACAGCAGUAGCUGUUGGCUGUGGUACCGGUAUCGGUGUUUAUCUGUAUCUCAAUCGCAGCCGUGAAGCGCUAGUUUAUACGUCAUGGACAACAAAUACCGUUGUACCGCCAGAAGCCAAAUGGAAUUUCAAUUGGGAUCAUCGUGAACCAUCCAGUUUAGUGAAACCAUUAAAAUCAAAUGCAACACCAGAAGAACAAAACAAGUUCAAUGAACGAUUAGAAGCCGUUAAGCCAAAGGCCGUAAGACACUUGAUUUUAAUUCGUCAUGGACAAUAUAACUUGGAUGGGAUAACAGAUGGAGAUCGUUUUCUAACUGAAGUUGGUCGUAAACAAGCCGCAUUUACUGGUGAACGAUUGAAAUUGUUGCAAAUUCCAUUUGACAAAAUGAUUCGAUCCACCAUGACAAGAGCUCAAGAGACGGGAAAAAUUAUAUCAACACACAUUGCAAACAUACCAAUUGAAAAUUGUUCGCUGAUUGAAGAAGGUGCUCCCAUUGCUCCACAGCCGAAAAUUGGGCAUUGGCAUCCUGAGCCACAUCAGUUUUUCCAAGAUGGGGCUCGCAUUGAAGCCGGCUUUCGCAAGUAUUUUCAUCGUGCAAAUGCAAAACAACAAAAUGAUUCAUACACAUUGAUGGUCUGUCAUGCCAAUGUUAUUCGUUAUUUUGUGUGUCGAGCACUUCAAAUACCGGCUGAGGCUUGGCUUCGAAUUUCCUUGAAUCAUGCAUCAAUUACAUGGAUCUCCAUUCAGCCAUCUGGCCGUGUUACACUACGAUUACUCGGUGACUCAGGUCAUAUUCCACCAGAACAUGUCACAUCUAGAUAAAUUGCAAUUGAAAUCAAUCUAUUUUUUACGCAACAUUUUGUAUAUUGAAAUUUAUCGAUUGAUUAUUAUUAUAGACGAUAAAAGUUUUAAAGUAUUACAUUCUUAUGGAGCAAUGCAAUGAUUCACUAUGUCUUCAUAAUUGUAC